AUGACAUGGGGAGGUGGAGGCAGCUGCAUGCUUCAGAGAAAGAAUUUGACCUUCUUCUUCAGCAUUGGUUUAUUGACCUCCUGGGGGACUGCACUGCUGGGUGUCCGCUUAUACUGGAUGGGCAACAAGCCCCCAAGUUUUUCCAAUUCUGACAAUCCAGCAGCUGACUCGGACAGUUUUCUUACACGUACGCUGACCUUCUUUUACCUGCCAACAAAGAACCUCUGGCUGUUGCUGUGCCCGGAUACCCUCAGCUUUGACUGGUCUAUGGAUGCCGUGCCUCUUCUGAAAGCAGUUAGCGACUGGAGGAAUCUACACACUGUGGCCUUCUAUGCUGGACUCCUCCUCCUUGCCUACUUUAGCUUGAAGGGUUCCAGCAAUGAGAGAAAAUGCAAUGCGAAAACUGUAAUGAACGGCAAGCAGAAUGCUAAUGGGCAUAGCUGCCACUCAGAGAUGGAGUACAAGACACUGGAGGUGAAGUCAAGCUUUGCAUCGAAAGAAGAGAAUGGUAUAAAAAAGCAUGAAAUGCAGAAACAGCCACUUCCUUCAACUGAGAACAUUGUCCUUCUGUCUCUAUCUUUGUUAAUAGUGCCCUUUGUUCCUGCCACAAACCUGUUUUUCUAUGUUGGCUUUGUAAUAGCAGAGCGUGUGCUGUAUGUCCCUAGUAUGGGCUUCUGCCUGCUGGUUACAGUAGGUGUCAGGGCCCUUUAUGUCAAAGCCCAAAAGCGCUUUCUGAAGAACUUGGUUUUUUGUUCCACUGCUGCGUUAAUUGUUUUCUAUGGACUCAAGACCGUUGUCAGGAAUGGGGACUGGCAGAAUGAGGAGAUGCUGUAUAGGUCAGGGAUAAAAGUAAACCCUGCUAAAGCAUGGGGUAACCUUGGAAAUGUUCUCAAGAGCCAGAGCAAGAUUUCUGAAGCUGAAAGCGCCUACAGAAAUGCCUUGUACUACCGCAGCAACAUGGCCGAUAUGCUUUAUAAUUUAGGAUUACUACUUCAGGAAAACAGCAGGUUUUCAGAGGCGUUGCAUUACUAUAAAUUGGCAAUUGGUAGCAGACCCACACUAGCAUCUGCCUAUUUAAAUACUGGUAUCAUCCUGAUGAACCAAGGGAAGACAGAGGAAGCCAGGAGGACUUUCCUGAAGUGUUCAGAGAUCCCUGAUGAAAAUUUGAAAGAUCCUCAUGCCCAUAAAAGCUCUGUUACUAGUUGUCUUUAUAACUUAGGAAAACUUUUUCAUGAACAAGGACACUAUGAGGAUGCCCUUAUGGUUUACAAAGAAGCAAUACAGAAAAUGCCAAGGCAGUUUGCCCCACAGAGCUUAUACAACAUGAUGGGAGAAGCCUACAUGAGAAUGAGCCGUCUGCCAGAAGCAGAACACUGGUACAUGGAGUCACUGCGAUCCAAGAGUGACCACAUCCCAGCCCAUCUCACCUAUGGAAAACUACUGGCUCUGACG